AUGGCGGGCCUCUCUGCAGACUACGACUACCUGUUCAAGCUCUUGCUGAUCGGCGACUCGGGCGUCGGAAAGUCGUGUCUCUUGCUCCGAUUUGCAGACGACACCUACACCGAAUCCUACAUCUCCACCAUCGGCGUCGACUUCAAGAUCCGCACCAUCGAGCUCGAAGGAAAGACGGUCAAGCUUCAGAUUUGGGACACGGCGGGACAGGAGCGCUUCCGCACCAUCACAUCGUCGUACUACCGCGGCGCACACGGCAUCAUCGUCGUCUACGACGUGACGGACAACGACACGUUCAGCAACGUCAAGCAAUGGCUCCAGGAGAUCGACCGCUACGCCUGCGAGGGCGUCAACAAGCUGCUCGUCGGCAACAAGUCCGACCUCACCAACAAAAAGGUCGUCGAGUACGCCACCGCCAAGGAGUUUGCCGACCAGCUCCAGAUCCCCUUCCUCGAGACCUCGGCCAAGUCGGCCACCAACGUCGAGCAGGCGUUCUUGACCAUGGCAAAGCAGAUCAAGGACCGCAUGGGCAACUCCACCGUCAACAACCAGCCCGGCGCAAAGUCCACCCUCAAGGUCGGCCAGGGCCAGAACGUCUCGCAGCAAUCCAACGGCGGAUGCUGCUGA